AGCGCUGCCGAAAAUAGCUAAGAAAAUGGAAGCUGCAAGGAAAAUCACAAGUUUGCCACAGGAAAUUCUGGAAAUUCUUUUUGAUACAUUGGAUUACGAUGAUCGCCUGAGUUUGGCUCAAAGUAACUUAUAUUUGGGCGACUCUUUUGCCAGUUUUUGUGAACGGGAGCUGAAAUAUCUGGAGCUUGGUGGAUGCGAAGCUGAAAAUGAUUAUCUGACUCGUGUAUUACCCAUCUGCGGCUCCGCUGUUCAGUGUAUAACUGGGGAGAAUAGUGGAUACCCAAUGCUGGAAAUUAUUGAGCGCUACUGCACCAAUGUGGUUGAAGUUCGCCUGGUCGUAAACUCUUUGUGGCCGUUUUAUUUUAUCCCCAAUAUGAAGAGUCUUACUACUGUGGAGUUGAUGCUAGAUCAGUUGUAUGAGGAUGAUUCUUUAUACCCGGCACUGCAGGAACUCCCCCACCUAACGGAUUUACAUUUUCAUGAUUUUUCCGAAAAAAACGUUCACAAGGUUCGGUAUUUGGUUAAUCUGGAAAGACUCGUCCUUCAAAGAGGAAGAAAGGAGUGUCCAGUCGAUAUCAUUCAAAUAUUCAACUCGCUUAAAAAACUUCUUCAUUUGUUCCUCGAGUGUGACGAAAUAUCUUGCAAGACCUCGUCUCAAAAAUCAACAUAUUCUGCUCUUAAAAAAUUGGAAUUAAUUGUCGACAAGGUACCAAAUUUACCGAUUUUUCCAAACCUACGUUAUAUGUACGCUUUAUCCGACAAAAACUUCAACUGGAACAAAUGGAUCAUCAGUCACGCAGAGACUGUUAAGAUACUUUAUAUUCAUGAUAAUAGUAGACUGCUGGAAGCGCUCGAAAGAUGCAAAGUACUGCGAGAUUUGGGCGUAUUCGUUAAAUCUUCUAAGAUUUCCGAGGAACAUUUGAACUUACUUAUUGAUUUCGGACGUCGUAGUGUGAGCUCUUUAUCAUUUGCAGUAAAAAACGAUGAGGAAUAUAAAGUCAUAAAAAAACGUUUGGAAGGCCUCCCUUACUCUGCUAUUUGCAAGGUGCAUGUAGAACAUACGUGUCCGUAAAUAAAAAACCAUUCCAUUCGCAAAAUUAAUAUGUUUGUGUUUGAUAGAAAAA